GCUUCCCCCACCGAAAAUUUGUUAUCUUUUUCUUUGAUUGAACUCUCAGCAGACCCAAAUGGGGCUCUGGUAUAUAAUACAUCAGCAGCAGCAGCUACCGUCUCCAACUUCUCUUGCUCUGCCACCGAGAGCGACGCUUCGAGAAUGGAAGAAGGAAGUGAAACGGGAACUAGCAAAGCCCUGGUUUUUGCUAUUAAUGGUCGAAAGUUCGAGCUCUCCGACGUCGACCCUUCGACUACUUUGAUCGAGUUCUUGCGCACCAGAACUCCUUUCAAGAGUGUCAAGCUCGGUUGUGGUGAAGGCGGGUGUGGAGCUUGUGUUGUUCUGCUUUCUAAGUAUGAUGACAUAGUUGGUAAAGUUGAAAACUUCACGGUAAGUUCAUGUCUUACCCUGCUUUGCAGCAUACAUGGAUGUUCAAUCACAACAACUGAAGGCCUUGGAAAUAGCAAAGAUGGGUUUCAUCCAAUUCAUGAGAGAUUUGCUGGUUUUCAUGCUUCCCAAUGUGGCUUCUGCACUCCUGGAAUGUGCAUGUCCCUCUAUGGAGCUCUCGUUAAUGCUGAUAAGACAAAUGGACCAGAAUCAGCCUCGGGGAUCUCCAAGCUGACAGCUUUUGAAGCUGAAAAAGCCAUUGCUGGCAAUCUUUGUCGGUGUACUGGAUAUCGACCUAUUGUUGAUGCGUGCAAAAGUUUUGCAGUGGACAUUGACAUGGAGGAUUUAGGGUUUAACUCCUUCUGUAAAACCAAGGCAAGCAGGAUGCCUCUGUAUGAAAAUAAACAAGGUAUCUCUAGAUUGCCGGAAUUUUUUAAAUCGGAAUUCAAGAGUAAUUUGCUUUUCGGUUCAGAGAAACUCCGGUGGCUUACUCCAAAAGCGUUCUUGGAGCUUGACAGCAUGUUGAAAACCAUCAAUUCCAGCAGAGUUAGCCAGGUCAAACUCGUGGUUGGUAACACUAGUGCCGGUUAUUAUAAGGAACUUGAGAACUGUGAUACCUACAUUGACCUAAGGUAUAUACCUGAACUUUCAUGCAUUAGGCAGGAUCCGGUAGGGAUUGAAAUAGGGGCAGCUGUGACCAUUUCUAAAGCUAUCUGCGGAUUGAGAGAAGCUUGUAGAAUCGAAUCUCCUUCAGAAGGUGAUAUCGUUUGUAAGAAGAUCGCUGCUCAUUUGGAGAAAAUAGGUACCAAGUUCAUUCAAAAUACUGGCAGUAUAGGUGGGAAUUUAGUCAUGGCUCAGAGGGCACAUUUUCCAUCUGACAUUGCUACCAUACUUCUUGGAGCUGGUGCUUUUGUUAAUAUACGAAGUGGUACAACUUAUGAGACGGUUAGCUUAGAAGAGUUCCUUGAAAGACCGCCUUUGGAUUCAAAAAGUGUACUUUCAAGUGUUAAAAUCCCGAUCCGGGAGCUGAAAAAGGGCAGAAAUUCUAGAGUAGAUAGUAAACUGUUAUUUGAGACCUACCGGGCUGCACCUAGAGAUCAUGGAAAUGCAUUGGCCUAUGUAAAUGCUGCUUUCUUGGCUGAACUUUCAUCCUGUGGAUCUUCUCGUGAAACUGUACUAAAUAAAUGUGUGCUGGCUUUUGGUGCUUAUGGAAGAAAACAUGCAAUACGAGCAAGGGAAGUUGAGAAAUUAUUAACAGGAAGGGUGUUGACAAUUAGAGUUCUUUAUGAAGCCAUUAAUAUGGUUAAAGCUACAGUGGUACCUGAAGAAGGCACCAGCAGAGAAGCCUAUAGGUCAAGUGUGGCAGUUGGUUUUCUAUUUGAAUUCCUGGGUCCCCUGGCAGAUGCUACUGUUGGAAUCUCUAGGUGUAAUUUGUCUUCCAAGGGCGCUAAAGAGAAUUAUGAAGAGGAUGACCAUGUUAAAUACUCCAGAAUGCUGUCAUCCUCAAGGCAGGUGUUUCAAUUAAACAAGGAUUACCAUCCUGUUGGUGAACCGAUUGUAAAAUCUGGAGCUGCCCUUCAAGCUUCUGGUGAAGCAGUUUAUGUUGAUGACAUUCCCUCCCCUGCAAAUUGCCUACACGGCUCAUUCAUUUAUAGCACAAAGCCAUUAGCUAGAGUAAAGGGUAUACAAGUCAACCCUAAGUCACAUUCAAAUCGGAUAUCUGGUCUCAUUACUUUUAAGGACAUACCAAACGGUGGGAAGAAUGUAGGUUCCAUGACUAUAUUUGGACCUGAACCUUUGUUUGCCGAUGAUUUUACUCGAUGUGCUGGAGAUCGCCUUGCCUUUGUGGUUGCUGAUACCCAGAAAGAAGCCGAUGUGGCAUCAAGGCUCGCCAUUGUAAAUUAUGAUUUAGAGAAUGUGGAAGCACCAAUCUUAACAGUUGAAGAUGCCUUUGCUAGGUCUAGCUUUUUCCAGGUUCCUCCUUUUCUGUAUCCCAAAGAAGUUGGUGAUUUUUCAAAAGGAAUGGCUGAAGCGGAUCACACGAUUCUUUCCGCCGAGGUAAAGAUCGACUCUCAAUACUACUUCUAUAUGGAAAGCCAAACUGCCCUUGCUGUGCCUGAUGAAGAUAACUGCAUGGUAGUUUACAGUUCUUCUCAGUGCCCUGAGUAUGUUCAUGCGACAAUUGCUCAAUGCAUUGGUGUUCCGGAACACAAUGUACGUGUAAUUACUAGAAGGGUUGGAGGUGGCUUUGGUGGGAAGGCUGUUAAAUCAAUGCCAGUUGCUACAGCUUGCGCACUUGCUGCUCAUGUAUUGCGCCAGCCUGUCAGAAUAUACGUCAAUCGCAAAACUGAUAUGAUAAUGGCAGGAGGAAGGCAUCCAAUGAAGAUAACUUACAGUGUUGGUUUCAAGUCGACUGGGAAAAUCACCGCACUGAAACUCGACAUAUUAGUCGAUGCUGGAAUAUAUACAGACAUAAGUCCAGUAAUGCCAUCAAACUUCAUGGCCGUGUUUAGAAAGUAUGAUUGGGGUGCUUUGUCUUUUGAUAUAAAGGUCUGCAAAACUAAUACAGUGAGUAGAUCAGCAAUGCGAGGACCUGGAGAGGUUCAGGGAUCAUAUGUUGCAGAAGCUAUAAUUGAAAACGUAGCCUCUACUCUUUCAGUGAAUGCAGACUGUGUGAGAAAAAUUAACCUUCACACACAUGAUAGCCUUAAAUUGUUCCAUCCUGCUAGCUCAGGUGAAGUACAAGAGUAUACUUUGAGUUUACUCUGGGAGAAGUUAGCCCUGUCUUCUGAAUAUUGCAAGAGAAGGGAAAUGGUAAUUGAGUUUAAUAAGUGCAAUUUGUGGAAGAAAAGAGGUAUUUCUUCUGUGCCAACAGUUCACGAAGUGAUAGUGAGACCUACUCCUGGGAGAGUAAGCAUUUUAAGAGAUGGGUCUGUUGUUGUUGAAGUUGGAGGAAUAGAACUAGGCCAGGGACUCUGGACAAAGGUAAAGCAGAUGACAGCAUUUGCUCUUGGGUUGAUCAAAUGUGAUACUUUAGAGAUAGACUUGUUGGAGAAAGUAAGGAUAAUACAAGCUGAUACUCUAAGUUUGAUUCAAGGCGGCUUUACUGCUGGAAGCACUACGUCUGAGUCAAGUUGUGAAGCAGUUAGACUCUGCUGUGAGAUCUUGGUUGAGAGACUGAGGCCUCUAAAGGAAAAGUUAAGGACAGAAAUGGGUUCUGUGCAAUGGAAGAUGCUUAUUCAACAGGUAACUAUUUGGAAAUGUGCACAUAUGCAAGCUGUGAACUUAUCCGCAAGCACGUACUCUGGCCCUGAAUUUUCUUCCAACCGCUACCUAACCUACGGCGCUGCAGUGAGUGAGGUGGAGGUAAACCUGCUUACUGGGGGGACAAGAAUUCUAAGAUCAGAUGUUCUUUAUGACUGUGGACGAACCCUAAAUCCUGCUGUCGAUUUAGGACAGAUCGAAGGGGCUUUUGUCCAAGGUAUUGGGUAUUUUAUGUUGGAAGAGUACACAAGAAACUCCGACGGACUAGUAACCUCAGAUGGAACAUGGACAUACAAGAUUCCUACUGUAGACACAAUACCAAAAGAGUUCAACGUCGAAAUACUAAGCAGUGGACAUCACAAGAACCGUGUGCUGUCUUCCAAAGCUUGUGGCGAGCCACCACUGCUCUUGGCAUCUUCAGUUCACUGUGCGACGAGAGCAGCAGUUAGAGCAGCCCGAGAGCAGCUUCAGUCAUGGGGUUGCCACGACCUGUAUGGUCCAAACUUCACUCUGGAGGUGCCAGCUGUCAUGCCUACUGUGAAGGAGCAAUGUGGACUGGACAAUGUAGAGAGAUUCUCUUCCGAAUUGGAGCUCGUACUUCUUGUGGCCGCAGAAGAUGAUGAAUUGUGGCUGCAUAUGAACCUUAGCUUGAACUCUGCAUGCUUUCACCGGCUAUCUGUCUUUGAAGUUGGAACCAACAAGCAAAUCAGAGUGGCGCAGCGGAAGCGUGGUGGGCCCAUAACCCACAGGGGAGUGUUCAUGGCGUUGAACUCAACUAAGCCUUCAUUUCUCCACCGAGUUGUUGGAACCCAUCAAACAUCAAUGGAAGAAAACGGCAGGGGCACUUGUAAAGACGACAGCAGCCUGGUGUUCGCCAUCAACAGCCAGAGGUUCGAGCUCCGGAAUCUCGACGACCCGUCGAUUACUCUGCUCCAGUUCCUGCGCUCACAGACCAGUUUCAAGAGUCCCAAGCUCAGCUGUGGCGAAGGUGGCUGUGGUGCUUGUGUAGUUCUACUCUCCAAAUACGACCCUGAACUAGACAAAGUUGAGGACUUUACCGUGAGUUCGUGCCUUACGCUGCUCUGCAGCUUGAACGGAUGCUCGAUCACGACCUCCGAAGGUCUUGGGAACAGCAAAACUGGCUUCCACAACAUCCACAAGAGGUUUGCUGGCUUCCAUGCUUCACAGUGCGGCUUCUGCACGCCAGGAAUGUGCAUGUCAUUCUACGGUGCGCUGGUCAACGCCGAGAAGGCUGUGGAUGACCGUCUCUCCAAGCUGACUGCAGUAGAAGCGGAGAAGGCCAUCGCCAGCAACCUCUGUCGUUGCACGGGUUACAGGCCAAUUGCAGAUGCUUGCAAGAGCUUUGCAGGUGAUAUUGACAUGGAAGAUUUGGGGAUCAACACGUUCUGGAAGAAGGGGGAUAGUGUACAAAAUAAGAUGAGCAUAUUGCCUUUGUAUAGUCCAGGGGAUGGAGUUUGUGAUUUUCCUGAGUUCCUGAAAGGGCAGGGGAAAGGGGGUUCAUUGUCGUCAUGGAUUGCUCCUGGGAAUGUUAAGGAGCUUCAGAGUUUGAUGAAGGGUAUUGAUCAUGGCGAUGAGACAAGGGUGAAGCUUGUGGUUGGAAACACAGGCGUGGGAUACUACAAGGAAGAAAAAGAUGGUUGUGUUGAAAGAUACAUUGAUCUCAGGUAUGUUCCCGAGCUGAAAAUAAUCAAGAAGGAUGAGACUGGGAUUAAACUAGGAGCAGCUGUAACAAUUUCAACAGCGAUAAAAGCUUUAAAGAAAGAGAGCGAUGAAAUAUACCAGAAGAUAGCAGCCCAUAUGGAGAAAGUUGCUACAUCAUUCGUUCGAAACUCUGGUAGCAUUGGUGGAAAUCUGGUGAUGGCCCAAAGGAAGCAUUUUCCUUCAGAUAUCGCCACUAUCCUUCUUGCAGCUGGCUCUUAUGUUGAGGUACUAACUGCUGAAAUCAAUGAAAAGCUCACCUUGGAAGUGUUCCUUGAAAGGGCACCAAUGGGUUCCAAGGAUGUCCUUGUAAGCAUUGAAGUACCUAAAUGGAAAGCUUCUCAAAUUGGUAGUAGAUUGGCCUUUGAUACUUAUCGAGCUUCACCACGUCCACUUGGUAAUGCAUUGGCUCAUCUCAAUGCUGCCUUCAUGGCUGAGAUUUCUGAAACUUCAGAAGGAAGUGUGAUGAGUUCGUGUCGGUUGGCCUUUGGUGCAUAUGGAACAAAACAUGCAAUUAGAGUGAAGAACGCUGAAGAGUUCUUGGCAGGAAAGAAAGUAACUCCUGCAGUUGUAUAUGAAACUAUAGGACUAGUUAAGAGCACUGUAGUAUCCGAUGAGGGUGCCUCGAAUCCUGAAUACAGAUCAAGCCUGGCUGUGGGAUUUCUCUUCAACUUCCUUAGCUCCUUCAUGGCAGACCCUUUCAAAGGCAAUGCCUCUAAUGGUUGGCUCAAUGGACAUUCAACUGCUCCAGAUGAGGAUUCUGAAGCAACCCAGAAAAGUUGUCAUGAUGGAAAGUCCUCUCUUCUGUUAUCAUCAGGAAAACAGGUUUUCCAAGCAAGCAAAGAGAAUCGCCCUGUAGGGGAAGCAAUCGGAAAAACUGGAGCAGCACUUCAAGCUUCUGGUGAAGCUGUUUAUGUGGAUGACAUUCCAUCCCCUCCCAAUUGUCUUUAUGGAGCACUUGUCUGUAGCACCAAGCCUUUGGCUAGAGUGAAGGAUAUAGGUUUUAAGUCCAACCCACUACCAGAUGGAGUUGCUGCACUUAUAUCUUACAAAGACAUACCCAAAGAUGGCGAGAAUGUAGGUUCCAAGACGAUGUUUGAGAGUGAGAGUCUGUUUGCUGAUGAACUUACUAGGUGUGCUGGAGAACGCCUUGCUUUUGUGGUCGCAGACUCACAGAAGCAUGCAGAUUCAGCAGCAAACCUGGUUGUGGUAGAUUAUGACACAGAGAGCCUUGAACCACCAAUCCUAACAGUAGAAGAGGCUGUUAAGAGAUCUAGCUUCUUCCAUACCCCUCCUUUCCUUCAACCAAAACCAGUUGGUGAUAUAACGAGAGGAAUGGCUGAAGCUGAACACAGACUUAUCAAUGCCGAGAUGAAAUUGGAGUCACAAUAUUACUUCUAUAUGGAGACCCAGACGGCGCUCGCUAUACCGGAUGAAGAUAACUGCAUGGUGGUUUACAGCUCAACCCAAUGUCCUGAGUAUUCCUGUGCAGCCAUUGCACAGUGUCUUGGUCUUCCUCAGCAUAAUGUGCGUGUAAUCACACGAAGAGUUGGUGGAGGUUUUGGUGGAAAGGCCUUCAAAUCUUUACCAGUAGCUACAGCAUGUGCACUAGCAGCACACGUGCUGCGGCGACCAGUCAGGACAUACGUCAGCCGCAAGACCGACAUGAUAAUGGCAGGAGGAAGACAUCCGAUGAAGAUAACAUACAGCGUAGGUUUCAAAUCCAAUGGGAAGAUCACAGCUCUGAAACUCGAUGUCCUGAUAAAUGCUGGAAUUUCUUUAGAUGUGAGUCCCAUCAUUCCAAUCCACUUGGUGGGAGCACUUAAAAAAUAUGACUUCGGUGCUUUGGCAUUUGACAUUAAGUUAUGCAAGACAAACCACUCCAGCAAAUCAGCAAUGCGAGCACCUGGGGAAGUCCAAGGAUCGUUCAUUGCAGAUAGUGUAAUGGAACAAGUAGCAUCAACCCUUUCCUUGGACGUUGAUUCUGUGAAAACUGUGAACCUUCACUCGCACGAUAGCCUCAAGUUGUUCUAUGAUGGAAUCUGUGGAGAGCCUCACGAGUAUACUUUGAUUUCAAUAUGGGAUAGGGUAGCCAGAUCCUCAAGCUUUAAUGAAAGGAGAGAAAUGGUGGAGAAAUUCAACAGAUGUAACUUGUGGAGCAAGAGAGGGAUUUCUCGAGUGCCUAUUGUAUUUGAAGCGGGAGGGAUGGCAACUCCUGGGAAGGUAAGCAUUCUGAGUGAUGGAUCCAUUGUGGUGGAAGUUGGAGGGAUAGAACUUGGUCAAGGGCUUUGGACAAAGGUAAAACAAAUGGCUGCAUUUUGUCUGAGUUCUACAAAAUGCGAGGACAGUCUACUGGAGAGGGUAAGGGUGAUUCAAGCUGAUAGCUUGAGUUUAAUCCAAGGAGGAAUCACCGCUGGAAGCACGAAAUCUGAAUCAAGCUGUGAAGCAAUCAGACUCUGUUGUAAUCUUCUUGUUGAGAGACUGGUCCCUCUGAUGGAGAAGCUGCAGAAGGAAACAGGUUCGGUUAGAUGGGAGAUGCUCAUUUCCCAGGCAUAUAUGACUUCUGUGAACUUAAGUGCAAGUUCUUAUUAUGUCCCAGACUUUGCUACCACGCGUUACUUGAACUAUGGUGCAGCAGUAAGCGAGGCAAGUUUGUCUAGAAGCCGAGUUCUUCAUACAAAACUUGUGGAGGUAAAUCUUCUCACAGGUGAAACCACAAUUCUGAGAUCAGAUCUCGUAUAUGACUGUGGACAAAGUCUGAAUCCUGCAGUAGACAUGGGACAGAUUGAAGGAGCUUUUGUUCAGGGAAUAGGGUUCUUCAUGUUGGAAGAGUACAAGACGAACUCGGAAGGUUUAGUCACAGCAGACAGCACCUGGAGAUACAAGGUUCCAACCAUAGACACCAUCCCCAAACAGUUCAACGUCGAAAUCCUCAGCAGUGGACAUCACCAGAACCGAGUUCUGUCAUCAAAAGCUUCCGGUGAACCACCCUUGCUGCUAGCAUCAUCAGUUCACUGUGCAACAAGGGCAGCCAUUAAAGACGCCAGAAAACAGCUGCAUACCUGGGGCGGCCUCGACGGUUCGCACGCUAUGUUCAACUUGGCUGCACCUGCCACCAUGCCUGUUGUGAAGGAGCUCUGUGGGUUGGACAGUGUCGAGAGCUACUUGAAAUGGAGAAUGAACCAUAAGUGAGAAAAAGCUUAUCAGUGAUUUGGGGGUUUUUUUGUAUUAUAAAAAUCAGUGUUCUGGUUUGAAGACAAGAUAAAAUCAUCUUUAGAAACAACACAUACAUAAUAGGGGGAAUUUGAAGAAAUUCGAUCAAUCAAAAAGAACCCUAAAGCUGCAGAGUAUCAAAAUUUGCAAACUAUACUCAGCAAUCGAUAUACU